CCAUCCGUGGAUCGGAGGAGCUGAGCUAUAGUAGCUAGCUUCCGCCUCCGCUAGCUAGAGGAUCCCAGUGGGCUGCUUCCUGAGAGCGACAUGCAUGCUCACAUGAGCUCAAGCCCUAUCAUUCGUCGCCCCCGCGGGCCCCACCCCACCACCCCUCUCCACAUCGAGCGAUCGAUCCCUCUCGCUCUCGAUCGCCUUCUUCUCCCCACCGGCAUCGAGCUAGCUAGUAGUAGAAUGCUAGAUGCCUCCUCAUCUUCCUCCUUAAGAAACCAUAUGCUGGGGCGCUGCCUGUGUCGUCGUUGCUCUUCCCAACCUUUCCCCUCCCUAUCUCAUGUACACAUGAUGCCUACUGAUCUGCACAUACAGAUACAGUGCCUUUGCUGAAAAUCUUGCAAACCGCGUACACCAGAUCAACAAGCAGGCAGCAGCAGCAACCUCCAAGUGCUCCCGAGCUAGAUCCCAACCUUCACUAUCUUUGAUCUCGCCGAUCCUCUCGAAAUAGCACUCCAAUUCUAGCAGCCAAUCAUCUGCUGUCCUAGCUAGUUCAACGGAUCAGCCGUAUCCCCAUAUAAUAUUGAGAUAAUCUAACCCUAAACCCCUUCUGGCUUCCUGUUAAAGAAUAGUUGCAGCAUAUAGUACCGCUACAUACCUCCAGGCUCCAGAUCCCUGCCCGAGUAGCAUACUAGUCAAAGUCAACAGCAGCUACAGCAGCACCGGAGCGCGGGAGCGCCCCGACCAUGGAGUUCACGCCCGCGCACGGCGGCGGGGUCGAGGAUUCCGAGAGGGCUCGCGGCAGCGGCGGCGCGGCGUGGGUGGAGAAGGAGCACAUGUUCGAGAAGGUGGUGACCCCCAGCGACGUGGGGAAGCUCAACCGCCUGGUCAUCCCCAAGCAGCACGCGGAGCGCUACUUCCCCGCGCUGGACGCGUCGGCGGCGGCGGCCGCGGCCGCGGCGGGCGCCGGCAAGGGGCUGGUGCUCAGCUUCGAGGACCGGGCGGGGAAGGCGUGGCGGUUCCGGUACUCGUACUGGAACAGCAGCCAGAGCUACGUGAUGACCAAGGGGUGGAGCCGCUUCGUCAAGGAGAAGCGCCUCGGCGCCGGGGACACCGUCCUCUUCUCGCGCGGCGCCGGCCAGGGCCCCGCGCGCGGCCGCCUCUUCAUCGACUUCCGCCGCCGCCGCCAGGACCUCGCGUUCCUGCCGCCGCCGCUGGCGUCGGCGCAGCGCUUCAUGCCGCUCUCGUCCGUGCCCAUCUGCCCGUGGCAGGACUACGGCGCGUAUGGGUACGGCGCCUCCGCUCCGGCGGCGCCCAGCAGCCGGCACGUGCUCUUCCUGCGCCCGCAGGUGCCGGCCGCCGUGGUGCUCACGUCGGUGCCUGUGAGCGUCGCGGCAUCCACGGUGGAGGCGACAAGCAGGUCGAAGCGCGUCCGCCUGUUCGGGGUGAACCUCGACUGCCCGCAGGACGGCGAAGGCGGCGGUGACAGAGUCACCAGGACGGCGUCGACGCUGCUGCAGCAGCUGCCCUCGCCAUCGUCGUCAACAUCCUCCUCGACGGCAGGGAAGGAUGCGUGCUCUUUGGAUCUUGGACUGUGAAGAGAACCAACAGGCAAGCACAGAAGAAAGGGGAGAAAUUGAGACUAGCAACGACGCACUGACACGCGAGCUGAUCAAGAUCAGGGCAAUGGGCGCGCGGAGCAGCUGGUAUAUAGCUCCAGUACUGCAUCUGCAUGUAUAAUUGAUGAUGGAGAUAACUAUUUCUUGAUAUAUAUAUAUAUAUAUAUAUAUAUAUAUAUAUAUAUAUAUAUAUAUAUAUAUAUAUAUAUCUUGCUCAUAUUAAUUCACCUGCUUUCCUGAACUAAUGUGUGGCUUUUUCUCUGUUCAUUGAGUCUUAUUUGGACAAUAUGGUAUCUUGCUCAGUGUAAUUGUACAUAUUCUGAAUUUCUGACCAAGUUCAGUAAACUAA